AUGGUCCUAAAACAAAAGAGCCUCCACAGACAUUUCCAAUUCCUUAGCGAAAAUCCAUUCACCUAUGAAUUUAUAGCAGGAUUUCUCGCGUUCACUAUGUAUAUACCGGAACAGGUGGCUUCGGUAAGUUCGAGACACCUAGCAGUGGCGUUCAACAUACCAAAAGAAACCACAGGUAUAUAUUUUAGCAAAUUGUUCAGUCUUCGAGCACUUGUGUUGUUGUUAGGAUCCUUAGCAGUAUAUAUAUUCAAGUGGUUCAUAAGUGAUGAUAACAUCUUCUUCACGUUACUCUUUUUCACACUGCUCGUCAUAUCGAGAUUCAUAAUUUUAGUGCUGUUUUAUUUUUGCAAAAAUCUGGCACUGGGCUUCUACAACAUCUUCAUCAUAGAAGCGCUGUUCCUAGGCCUGUUCCAACUCACAUUCUUCACACUAACGCCCGAAUAUGUAUCACUACUAAGCCUUUGUUUUAAAAUUUCAAAGAUUUCUGUAUUUCUAAUUCAGUUGAGCAUGGACUUCACAUCGUACAACAGUCCAUUCCUAAUGGUCAAGGUACAUUUCUCAAUUAUUUUCGUAAUUUCAUUCUUUUCGAUAUUCAUGUGGUUCUUCUACUGUGUAAAUUACACAACGUUCAAACGCAAGUCAAUGCAGACGCACACAAAUAAUGAAGUGAUUGAAAACCCAUACAAAUACUCAGUUAAUUGCACAACAAAAAGUAAGGAAAUUGAAUUUUUUACAAACGAACCGGACCUGGAGCGAGAACCAGGAUUCUUCAAACAGUUAAGAAACAGCAUCUCACCAUUCAUGAUGUGUUUGGUCUCGAUAAUGCUAAAGAAUACGAUAUCGCCGGGAGUACUACCCUACGCGCUCCUGGACAGAGAUAAGUGUCACAAAAUUAAUAUGGCAAUAAUCCCAAUGGGACUCCUGGGAGCAUUUGCAGUACACUUUUUAAAAAUUAAAGUAAAGUCAAUCAACGAAAAAUGGAAGUGGCAAUGGCAUCUAACAUGGCUAUUCAUCAUACCAUGUGUAGUAAUAUUUAUCAUAACCUUUGCCGCGCUCCACUCAGAUGGCGCCCUCUCGAGGGCAAUUAUAAACUCACAAAGGUCCGUUUUAUGGAUGGCAGUGUUUUUCUUUUUUUGUUUCGCAUUUGUUGAAUCGCUCGGUUAUCUUGGAGUGGUAUCUAUAGUCAAGCAUAACGGAAGAGUGUACGGAAAUGGACUGAAAGUGGUUUCGACAAACCAAUUCGUCGGCUACGUAACGGGAUUCUUGUUUUACAAAAUCUCAGUAGGGUACAACGUUACACGUUCCUUUGCAACGAUCCCUCCAGAAACCGAGGACUCCUUCAUUAGAUUCCUCUUCUGGAUCCGGGAGUCCAUCAAUGGAGCAUUCAGAGACUUCAUCAAGGACUUCCAUAUGAACAUUAAGGAAUAUAUUUAG